AGAGAUGUUCAGUGUAGUUUUUAAUUAUUUUCUGUGGGCUGGGCUAUGUGGUUAAAUCUUUAAUCUGUCCCGCUGGAUGAAAGUGGACACACAUAGACUCUCCAAAGGACUUUUUUUCAGGAUUCUGCUCCCCCUUGCUGAGUUGCUCUCUAUCAUUGUUUCGCUCCGGCAUUAACCACAUUCCAGAGCGCCGCAGCACGGCCCGUCUCCCUCCGCGCAUUCCUCUCACGCGAACGAGUCCCGAGCGAAUCGUUUGAUACGCGCGCGCUCGCCCACCUACGCGCCCGACGCCGCUCCCGUUUAUCGAGAAAUUCCCGGGGAUUUUUGGGAGAGCCGGAAUCGCUGGAAACGGCUUCGCGGGGACAAUCGCGGAAAAUCAAAGCGAGAAAAUUCCUCCGCGCAGCGCGCCAUUGACUGUAAAGACCUUUCAACUUUGCAAAAAAACCGAAAUUGACAAACGUUCUCCUGAGUGGAAACUUUGUCACGACGACCGUAUCGCCACGAAUCGACAGGCGGGGAUCGCGCACCGCGACGAAAUGACGGCGGAGGACUGAGUAAUCGCGAACAGGCAACGAUGGUUCGCCUGAGGCGGCGUUUUUCCGCGUAAAAUGCAGUUUGUGUUGUAGUUGACUAGUGCUCCGCGCGCUCGCCCGUUCAACUCGCCUCAGAGACGACAUGGAUGGAUACGACGAGGAUCCGGCGAGCAAACUGAUGGAAAACCUCUCCAUAUUUGACGUUUAUCAAGACGGGAUGUACACGGAACCGAACCCCGACAUGGAGAAAACUAAACGAAUGAAUGGCAGCUCCGCGCACGGGAACAAAGUCUACGGCGCGGCUCCCCUGCGCUCCGUCAACGGUAACCGACCCUCAGUGCCUCUGGAUUUCUGUUCGCCGCAAAGGGACGCGGUUUAUCCCGAUCCCGACGCGUACUGCACCAAAUCCGAAGUUGCCUUGCCGUGUUACAGCGGCGCGUCGGACCGUCUCAGGAGAUACACGCAAGCGGAGGUGCAGGCGCACCGGUACAGCGCCGGAUGCGCCUACGACGCGCUCAUCCUCGGGAAGCAGGUGAGGAGCAACAGCUUAUGCGUGGCCACGAGCCCCCGGUCCAGUUUGGCUUCGUCUCACUCGUCGCAGGACCAGAGCAAACACACCAGCCCGAGGUCGAGCAUCAGCAGCCCGCGGUCCAGCCUAGUGUCGCCGGGACAGGAGAAGUACUGCGAGGGCAACGGCGCGAUCAGCCCCCGCUCGAGCUACGCCAGCACGGCCAGCGACACCAGCAAGCACUCCAGCCCCAGAACCAGCCUCAACAGCUACGACUGCGGGAGCAAACCGAGCAGCAACCGAACCAGCGGCAUCAGCAUGGGCUACGACCAGCGGCACGUCAGCCCCAGAUCUAGCACCACGAGCCCGCGCUCCAGCUACUCUCCCGCGGGGAACCACGAGCAGGAGAGCGGCGCGGUGCACGGCAUCCCCAUGGCCAGCCCCCGGUCCAGCAUCUGCAGCCAGGACGGCGGCGGCGGCGGCGGGGGAGUCGCGCGGAUCGCCGUGGCGGCGGCGGCGGCGGCGGCGAACUGCGUGGUCAGCCCCCGCUCCAGCAUCUCUAGCCACAGCUCCAGGAGUUCGCGGAGCUCCAUGAGCGCGUACCCCGAGCUCCAGCACUCCAUGCUGGGACCCGGUCUGCCGGAGGACGCGCUGCUGCAGGACUUCACGGAGCCGAACGGCCUCCACAGCAACCGCGUCCACCUCCAAGCGUUUUCCGAGCCGCAGCAGCAGAAUUCAGAGGUCAACGUCGCGUUUAACUACGGGAAGAUGGGCGCCGGGGGGCAGCGUUUAAAGCUGCCGUACCAAGUCACUCCAUCCCGGGACAGCGGCCCCAGUCCGGCGGAGAGGCGCCUUGAGGCCCUCACCCUGGAGCUGGAGAAGGAGCUCGAGAUGCACAUGAAAAAGGAAUAUUUCGGUAUCUGUGUAAAGUGCGGUAAAGGUGUGUAUGGAGCGAGUCAAGCGUGUCAGGCGAUGGGGAACCUGUAUCAUACAAACUGCUUCACCUGCUGCUCCUGCGGACGGAGGCUACGAGGAAAGGCUUUCUAUAAUGUCAAUGGAAAGGUUUACUGUGAGGAAGACUUCCUGUACUCUGGGUUCCAGCAGACAGCAGAAAAAUGCUUUGUGUGCGGUCACCUCAUCAUGGAGAUGAUCCUUCAGGCUCUGGGUAAGUCGUAUCAUCCAGGCUGUUUUCGCUGUGUGGUUUGUAAGGAGGGUCUGGACGGUGUCCCUUUCACCGUGGAUGUGGAGAACAACAUCUACUGUGUGAAAGACUACCACACGGUUUUUGCUCCUAAAUGUGCCUCUUGUAACCAGCCCAUCCUCCCAGCGCAGGGUUCAGAGGAGACCAUACGGGUGGUGUCCAUGGAUAAAGAUUACCAUGUGGAAUGCUAUCACUGUGAGGAUUGCAGUCUGCAGUUGAACGACGAAGAGGGGCAUCGCUGUUACCCGCUGGAUGGACACCUGCUGUGCCACCGAUGCCACCUGCACCGGUUAAAAACCCCUCAUCCGGCCCACCCGCCCCCGAGUUACCCGCUGCACGUCACUGAACUGUGAACACGAAGACGGGAGGACCGCUCCUUCCUCUAAACAAUAAACAGGAGCCCAUUUGACCGAGCGGGGAGGCUUCUAUUAUUAUUUCAUCCCUCGUCGAGGUUACGGAGGGGUUUGGGCUCGGCGUCCGGCGUUAGGGAUCGAAGGGAGACGCUUGCCCGUUUUUUCCUCCUGAACGCCAAACAACAGCACUGAACACGGACUGAGAUACGACUUCCUGUGCCUUCAUCGGAAAUCCUGCGUCGAUUGCUGCCUUCGACACGCACCGUUUCUAUCUCCUGCCAGAUAUUUGUGCCAAGCUGCUGGGGUCUUUAAAGGGACAGUUCACCUGAAAUUAUAGCUGCAAACUUGUACGAGCUUUUCUUCCGCGGCAGAAAUACAUUAAAAUCUCAUUUCAAGGCAAGACACUACAGGAAAAAAAAAACUGUUUAUUUUGCUUCCACAAGAAGUCCAUUUUUUUUCCCUCAGUGCAUAGAAAUAAUCUAAAAUACACCUUUAAGUUACACUUUAAUUAUAGUUUUCAGCUAAAUACACAUUCAGUACACAUUCUCUAAUCAAUAUGCAUUUAAUUUUAUAGUUUUAUUCUUAUGUAUAUUCCGAAGGGAUGUUUUCAUGGUUCGCCUGAUAUGUAUUUAACACAUAAAAAAAAUAUGAUUUAUUUUCUGCACAUUAAAUAAUAAAAGCCCCCUCUGUAAAAACAUGCCGGCAAAUAAAAAAAAACAUUGUGCAAAUUAAAGCAUUUGAAAUGCAUUGUUUGAAUAUCUAAGCAUUUUUAAUAGAGAUACCUUAACUUCAUUAAGCACAAUCACCUGCAUGAAGUCUUGCUUUCUAAAAAAAAGUAUCUUGUUUUCGCUUAAAAAAAAAAAUAAAUGUCAGAAAAUCUUUAUUAAAAUAAAUUAAUAAUUAAAAUCUUAAUUCAAAGAAAAAACAUUGUUGGAUAUAUUUUUAUUUUAAGAAUAAAUCUAGCUUAAUGUCUUAUAUUUUGCAGAAAAGGCUUAAUAUCUUUAUUUUCUGCCAUGUAUUUUGCAUAUUUAAACAUAGCGUUUCAUAAAACUUGUGAUACGAAUCAAGGAAAGUAUAACGAAACCUAUUACCUAUUUUCUUAAUUAACCUGUGGUGGCUUGCCUUAAACUGUCCAUAAAUAGUUUGAAGAGGGUGAGCAAAUAAGGGUGAACUGUGCUUUUAAUCAUCGAUUUAAUGGCAGCAAUGGGCCGAACGCUGAUGCAUCGCUGACGUUUUCUUCACCAGGUGACGUUGUGAAACCUGCUGCACAUAGAUGGACUUACAAAUGUAUAUUUUGCUGUCUGACAUGAACCAGGCCGUUACGACCCGACACCAGCAGAACGGGGCUGGAUCUGUGAACUCUUACGUCGUGCUCUUCAGACACUGGUUUGUCUCUUGAUGAGGUGCCUUCCUGCCUUACCUAUUCCUUAACGUGGAGGAGACGCGCUUGCAAUGUGUCUCCGGAGACUCUUAAGGGACUCUAGAGGUGCGCAGGGGUCAAAGGUCGCGCCUGGAUGUGCUGGACUCAGCCAGGCCCCGGAAACCCGCUGCGCUCGUCCUACGUUUGCGCGGUGCAACGGAGCGCAAGGCAACAGAACAUUUUGCACAUGUCAGAAUAAUAGUGAAGUCGUGAAGACUAUGAAAAAAACACACACGUGUAGAAGUCUGGGAAUGAUGUCAAAAUUACUUCCUCUUGGUCUGGAUUCACAUCGACGAAAAAUUAUGCGUUGCUGGAAGCUUAUUGCAUCACGUCGCACCUGUUUAGGACAUAAGUGAGCGUAUAUGUGGAAAAGAGAGUCUGUGUGUGUGUGUGUAGUUGUGUAUAUGUUCAUGUGCACUAGUGGCUGGGCCACUGUGUGUGUGUGUGUGUGUGUGUCUCAAAUACCGCGACCUUGAUGAGUAUUUAGACACUUAAAGAUAUAGUCCACCCAAAAAUGAAGCCGUUAGAUGAGUUUGUUUCUUCAUCAGAUUGGGAUAAAUGUAGCAUCGCAUCAGUGUCAGUGAAUGGGUGCCGUCAGAAUGAGAGUCCAAACGGCUGAUAAAAACAUCACAGGUAAUCCACCCCACUCCGGUCUAGCAGUUAACAUCUUAGAUAGAUACAAAUCCAUCAUGUGGAGGUUUUUCAUUUCAAACCGGCGCUCCCAGCUAAAAUACGAGUCCAUAAUAAAGACUAGCAGACGCUGCCUUAUGUGUGCAGAUUUCUCUCCUGAUUCAGACCAGAUUACUUUUCCACAGUAUUACAGUUAUUACGAAAUCAUAUUUUAGCCGGGGAGGUGCUGCGACGGCCUCCAGCCCGAACCGGGCUCUCAUUCUGACGGCACCCAUCCACUGCAGAGCAAUGCUGCAUCACUGCAAAAAGCUGCUGAUAAGAAACGAACUCAUCUACAUGUCAGACGGCCUGAGGAUGAACGGUCUCAAGUGUCUCAAAUGCUUCUCGGGUCACUGUUCCACACAGACAUCUGUGAUACUACUGACAGAACCCGGGUUCUACGUGUUCCCCUCACCCGAGAAGACCCGACACAGAGAGUCGUCUUUGAAUCCAGUGACUUCUUAUCUGCAAAGCAGACCGUAAAGCUCAAGCGAAGAAGCGUGUUUGCUGACUGAUUACCGUACCUGCUCGUCCUGAAGGAAGAUCCUGGGUCGAUGUACAGCGUCUGUGACAUGCUGUCGGCGGCCGGAUGAAAUCUUUCCCAACCCAAGUGUUUUCUGUGCUAAUCGACAGCAUGAAUAUCGAAUACGAUGACAGAACAUAUCUCUCUGAACGGUUCAGCAGCCUCAGACGAUUCCGCUUUCAGAUCAUUCCAAGUGUUUGGUUUUUUUUUUUGUGCAUAAUAUUUUUCUCCACGUUGUCUUAAUCCACUUUUAAAACGUACUACUAUUGCAUAGCACAACGCUAGAGUCCCUGUAAAUAAAGAGCGUAGAAUGUAUUUCCUGCAUUUAUCAGAGAUUAGACGAACGGUAGCUUUCCUUCAGUUAGUUCUUUAAAAAAUGCACAUCUUACGUUCUGUUGCAUCACCUUUUUUUUUUUUUUUUUUUUUUUAUCGUACAAUGUUUCGAUUUCCUAGAUAUUUCAUAAAUAAAGAAAAGGCAAAGUAGAUUUAUUUAUCUAAACGUGAAAAGUUUAAAGUUAUUUAAUGUAUGAAGAGUCGGGACGUAUCAUUUAACCGUAGAUUUAUGUAAUCUGCUUUUUCAAUAAAGUGGUUUUUGUAGUUAA